AUGUCGGGCUCAGAACCUUUCCCGCUGCUGAAUACGGCAAACGAUCAGCUUCAUCAGCGUCGUCCUGCGGACAAAGCAGCAUCCUCCGUCAGCAACACCACAGCCACCCAAGACGCCAUCAACAGUGCCCGGAAGCGACGUAAGAGCAGUCUCUUGGGCGGAGAGAUUCGAGGUGACACGGGUGCCCCUGCAUUGGCUUCUAGUCGUGCCAGUCUCGAGGCCUCGGAAAACCAUUCUGUUACUUAUUCCGACGGUCGCAAACGCCUCUCGAAACGACGACGUGCUCGUGGCCUCAUUGCCCGAGCCAAGCAAAUCAUGAUUAAGCAUACAUUCGUCCUCCCUGCGAUCCUCCUCGCCUUGUUCGCCGUGGCAUAUGCCGUCAACCCUACCGAGUCCAACCUCAUUCACCACUUUAUCUUCCUCUCCUACAAGCUACCCCAGGAUGACCCCAACGAACCUGCGCACUACGGAAAAGGUCGCUGGGAUAUCGCUCUUGUCGCCUUCUACACGAUUGUUCUGUCCUUCACCCGCGAGUUCAUCAUGCAGGAGGUUUUGUCGCCCUUGGCUCGUUACUAUAACCUCACCCGCGGCAAGAAGGCUCGUUUCAUGGAGCAGGUUUACACGGCCUUUUACUUUGGUGUUCUUGGUCCAGUCGGUCUCUGGGUCAUGAGCAAGACUCCCGUGUGGUACUUCAACACAUACGGCAUGUACGCGGAUUUCCCCCACCGAACUCUCCUGGGUCCGGUCAAAUUCUACUACCUCUUUGAGGCCGCAUACUGGGCUCAGCAAGCCAUCGUUCUUCUCCUUGGAAUGGAGAAGCCCCGUAAAGACUUCAAGGAACUUGUUGGCCACCACAUUGUCACCCUUGGGCUCAUUGUCCUGAGCUACCGCUUCCACUUCACAUACAUUGGCCUGGCAGUCUACGUCACUCACGACAUCAGUGACUUUUUCCUGGCCACUUCCAAGACGCUCAACUACAUCGAUUCACCCAUCGUGGGCCCUUACUUUGGAGUCUUCAUGAUGGCUUGGAUCUACCUGCGUCACUACCUCAACCUCAAGAUCAUCUGGUCUCUCCUAAACGAAUAUGAGACUGUUGGUCCUUUUGAGCUGAACUGGGAGACCCAGCAGUACAAGUGCCGCAUUGCUCAGGUUAUCACCUUCACCCUUCUCGCUUCCCUCCAGGCCCUCAACCUCUUCUGGCUUUUCUGUAUCGCUCGAAUUGCCUGGCGAUUCGUUGUCCAGAACGAUCUCCAAGAUGACCGGUCUGAGGAUGAGGACGAUGGUGAGAUGGAUGAAGAUGAGGUGUCUGCCCCCGCCCUCGAGGCCAAUGGCCAGGCAAACGGCUUCUCAAACGGGCAAGCCAAAGCCCCUACUGUUGAAAAGAUCUCAGAAGGCGUGCAGAGCUAG